CGGUUUUAUUCCACGAGCCAGGCCGGCGCCGAUGCGAAAACCAAAGUGGCUGGCAUGAUGCCAGAUGCCAAACUGCUCAACGAGAAACUCAAACAGGAGCGGGAUCUGCGGCGAGAAAGAAACAAGCUCGCUCUUUCCUCAAUUAAGGACAUCUUUGCAAUAUUUUCUCCUACCGCAGGAGACGACGACGAGUUUGACACUGCAAACUUCGAUCCCAUGCCCGUGUACAAGAACCCGGAAACGUAUCUGAAACUGCCUCUACCAAAACAGCAUCACAUUCUGGAGGAGCUCGAGGACAAGUUCAAACGCAAAUGGACGAGAAUCGACAAAGACAGGAAACGGUUCAUUUAUUGGCUGGCAUAUGGACCCCAUGGGCCUCGUGAGGGGUUUGUCACAGAGCAUAGGAAGACUGUGGUUCCAGAGAAGAAAAAAGCGGAUACUCUUCUUGAUCAAAUUAUUGCAGAAACAGAGUCACAGAAAUAUAAAGUGGAGGUCGAUGAGUACGUGCCGCCAGAUCUGCCGUUCCGCACGCCGUCGGUCCUCAAAUCUGUGAACCCAGCCAGAGACACGAUUGCAUCCCCACUACCGCCUCGCGACCCGCGUCUCUUCGGUCCCAAGAGACUCGAACAGAACAAAAAGGACAGGAAAAUGAACCCGUACAGCCAAUUUGUCCUGGGAUUCCUUAUGGUGCUCACUUUUCUCAACUACCGCAAAGACAGAGAGGUGAACAGCACCGGAAAGGUGCCAGACUACGAGUAUUUGCAAAACGAUAACCUUUUGCAGAUAGACGACCUUAGUAAAAAACUCGCCCAGGCGGUCAAAUAGACAUGACUUGUGCUCUCUAACGAACUAUAUGCUAUUAUGGUCGCUACUCUUUGUUGUCCGCCUCUCCCUUUUCCAUACCGUCCUCGUCGUCCUCGUCGUCUUCGUCCUCGUCGUCGUCGUCGUCGCCUACAUCCAUCAUGUCUUCUGUCCAGCUCUUCUCAACAGUCUGUCUAACUCGUUUGAUGUACUGGCUGCGGUGGUCUUUGUACAGGUUGGCGGCCUCCACGUUGGCCGGCGAACUGAUAUUCGGAUCGUUGAGGAGCGACUGGAUCGACGUCAAGAUCGAGGCAACGUCGUAGGUCGGCGACCAUCUGUUCUGCAAGAUAUCUAAGCACAAUUCCCCGGACCCGUAGACAUUUGGAUGGAACAUCUCAGACGUGAACCGCACAUUAGGUGGUUUAUUAGGGUAUUGCUCAUCAAAUGUUAGUCGCAGUCUGAACGUACCGUCCUCGUACGGGGUAUCUUGCGGACCGAUAAUGAUUCCGUUCCAAAUCAUCACAUUGUCAGCUAAAGGAGAUGCAGACACACCUCCAGCGGAGUCCUGCUGGAUCCGCUUGAAAUCCCUCAUCAGUCUUCUUCUCGC